UGGGACACCCCUCCAACCAUUGCAUUCAGGUGUUCCAAUCACCUCCAUGACCACAGGUGUAUAAAAUCAAGCACCUAAGCAUGCAGACUGCUUCUACAAUCAUUUGUGAAAGAAUGGGUCGCUUUCAGGAGCUCUGUGAAUUCAAGCGUAGUACUGUGAUAGGUUGCCACCUGUGCAAUAAGUUCAUCUGUGAAAUUUCCUUGCUACUAAAUAUUCCAUGGCCAGCUGUUAUGGGUAUGAUAACAAAUUGGAAGCAACUGGAAACAGCAACUCAGCCACAAAGUGGUAGGCCACGCAAAAUGACAGAGCGGGGUCAGCGCAUGCUGAAGCGCACAGUGUCUGCAGUCAAUAGCUAAAGACCUCCAAA